GUACCCCUAUCCCAUCCUACGGUAUAUGCCGAACAAUCAUCGGAUUUGCAUAGUAAUCUAGCAACAGAGGCUGCAGCAGAGCUUUUAGCGGACGCUGGCGAUGAAGAUGUGAAUCAGGUGGACCACAAUUCUAGCAGACGAGCAGUAACUCUUAAAUUGAGCAGAGAUGAUGUUCAUGGUGGUAACGAAGCAAAUGAAGAAUUCAACAAACUUGAUGAGGAUUCCGAGGAUACAAAAAUGCCUCCUACCGCUGGAUUCACAGACCCUCUGGCGACUUUGGCACUGGUUGCUGCUCGCCGCAAUGACUCCUCGGAAUGUUGUGACAUUGUGAUGAGUGGCGUGGGUUUAAUAUAUAUUAACCAGUUCUGUAAGGAUAAGGUUAGUUUUAUAGGAUCUGAUGCUCGCAACCAAUUGGAUCAUUUCAGCCUUAUCUGCAGAGAAAUCAUUUGGCUUCAUCUUUACCCUCAACUAGCAGGAAAAAAUAUAUCCAUGAAAAGGGACCUUCAUGGCCUUGAAUGA